CCCAGGCUUGGGUGGGGCCCAGACACCCGCAGGAGGGACACCUCCUCAACUUCCCUCCCUGCGGGACUGGGUACCCACUGCCUCAAGCCUCGAGACCUGGGGAGGUGGGGCAUGGGAUUGAGGAAACGGGGCCACCUUCUAUUUGCCCCCCAGCCCAGUGGAUGGCCCUUUCGUGGGUCCUCAAAGAACACUUCUUGAGAGAACUGGAAAAGCCAGUUACCAGCGUCCCCCUCUCAUCUCCCACACGCACCUGUGCUAAGGACGGAGUGGGGCACAGAAGGGAGGGCCAGGUAAGGAGAGGCUAGCGGAGCUUCCAACAUUUCUUCCGUCCGCCUGAGAAGCAAACAACCAGGUAGCCGCGAUGGGGGCUGGACUGUCCCUCUUCCUCUUCCUGACUCUCCUUGGCAGCUCACAGGGAACAGGAAUGACUUUGCAACUGAAGCUGAAGGACUCCUUUCUGGCAAAUUCCUCCUAUGAUUCCAGCUUCCUGAAACUGCUUGAGAAGCUCUGCCUCCUCCUCCAUCUCCCAUCAGGGACCAGCGUCACCCUCCAUCACUCAGGAUCCCUGCAUCACGUCAUCUGCAAAGUCUGAGAGCAAUCCAGGCUGGUUCCCCUCUUGGUUAGGGCAUUUGGUCCCUGGGGAGCAGGGACAAUGCCCUGACCCUGUCUUCCAGCAGGCUCUCACCCUGCUGAGUGGCAGUAAAUACACUGAAUUCAAUGACUUGAUUUUGUGGGCUCGUGAGCAGAGGGCCGGCAGGAAAAGGACGCCCAAGUCUCUGACUCUCCCUUGUUAAGCAGAGGGUUUCCAGGGUGGACAGAUAGCCUGAAUACCAGUGUCAAAGGCGCAUCUGGGAAAUUAACUGCUGGAAUACACACAUGUACCUCACACACAUGUAUGUGAAUACCACUUCAAGCUGAGAUCUUCAGAACUCCUGGGAAUAAAGGAAAGGAAUAUUUGA